GUUUUGUGCGUGGGAAAUAAAAUCCAAGCCAAGCGACGUCGCGCCCAUGGACAGCGACGACCUAGCGGACCUCGACCUCCUCGACUUGCUGCCCGCAGCAGACGUUGGCUCGCUCGCCUUCCUUGAUGUAGCCGCGCCCCGGAAACGCCGGCGGGUCAAUCGCUUGGCCGUCGACCUCGUGGCGCUGCGCGGCCAAGCCGCCGAGCUGAGCAGCUGCGUCGCGGCCUUGCGCGCCCAGCGCGGCUGCCCCAAGGAAGCGUCGCCGUACGGUCGCCUCGCAUUGAAGCAGAAGGCGCUCAAAGACCGAGCGCUCACGGAGCAGGCCGAGCUGCGCGCGCUGCUGGCCGAGCAACAUGCAUUCCGCGCCUUUCUCGAGAGGGCGCUUCUCAAGCGUCCGCGCAGCAUGAUGCUCAAGGUCGAAGACUCAAAAUGGCGCCGUUAUGCUCUCGGAGCGACGGCCGAGGCUCGCGUAUCGGCCAUCAAUGCCAUCGCGGACCGGCAGUACGAGCUCCUCGAGUCCGAGAUGCUUGCGAAAGGCCUCUUCGAGCCAUCGGAAGAUGUAUUCAACGUAUUCACAAGCCUCUCGGACUGUACAAUGACAUCCGAGGCAAUGCGCUACACGACGCUGCCCGUCCCCAUGACGCGUGCUGCCGCUGUCGCGAUCGAGCUCAUGCGGGAGCGCCACGCAAUGGCUUCAUCCGCGCAAGAUGGCGACAUCUAUGCGCCGCACGGGCACACGUCCCACGACAUGCACCGCAUUGACGACCGCACGACGUAUGUUCGCAGCGUGUACGCGCCACCGGGUGCUCUCGUUGUGACGUCAAGCAUGAUCACAAAGACGUACGAGCAGCACGGUGUCGUGACGAUCGUGUGGCGCAGUGUGCUAGAGGAUGAAGGCGUCCCGCGCAUUCCAGCGUCUUUUGUCAACGACGAGCACGGCUGGAUUCAGCUGCGCCAAGACGACGCAGAAACGACGCGGUACACAGCCUAUGUCCGCGUGGCCAACCCAAUCGCACCGCAGAGCGCCGACGUAGACAAGCUCGACGAUCUCAUGCAGAUGCUCUAUGUCGGGACAAAAGUUGAUUCGCUACGUCAAGCCGACUUGACUGCGACCGUGCAAGCAUCGUUUCGGGCCAUGGUUGCGCAGUUUGAAGCGCUCGUUGUGCAGCGGGCUUCGAUUACGACAGAGAACGCGCGAGACGUCCAAUAAGCAAGAACUACGUGCUUAUGUUCUAGAUAACGUGAACCACCUUCGGUCGAUCACUACUAUCAAUGUCCAUAUGGCUUGUAUUACCCAUACACCGAAAGGUUUGUGUACAUUUGUACUUGUAC